CUGGCCGAGCACGCGCCAGAGCAGCGGCCAAGCAGGUGCUGCCCGCGGGCCGGAGGCCCUGAGCAUGUCUGUGUCCCGGAAGCCCAAGACGUUCAAGCUGCGGGCCUUGCACAGCCAGCAGAAGUUUGGGGUAGCGGGGAGGAGCUGCCAGGAGGUCCUGCGGAAGGGGUGCCUGCACUUCCAGGUGCCCGUGCCCGGCUCCCGCCUGUGCCUCUAUGAAGACGGCACGGAGCUGGCUGGAGAUUACUUCUGGAGUGUCCCCGACAACUCGGAGCUGGUGCUGCUCACCACCGGCCAGACCUGGCAGGGCUAUGUGAGUGACAUCAGUCGCUUCCUCAGCGUGUUCCACAAGCCGCAUGCCGGGGUCAUCCAGGCCGCCCGGCAGCUGCUGUCCGACGAGCAGGCCCCGCUGCGGCAGAAGCUCCUGGCCGACCUCCUGCACACCAUCAGCGAGAACAUCAUGGCUGAGACCAGGGCCGAGGACCCACCCUGGUUCCAAGGUCUGGAGUCCCGGUUCAGGAGCAAGCGCAGCUACCUGAGAUUCAGCUGUGAGAGCAGGAUCCGGAGCUACCUCAGAGAGGUGAGCUCGCACACGCCGCUGGUGGGCGCGCAGGCUCGGAAGGAGUACGGGCGGAUCGUGGACGCCCUGGGCCAGAGGCUCAGGGCUGCGCGGUACAACGGCAGCUACUUCGACAGGGGCGCGGAGGCCACGGGCCGGCUCUGCACGCCCGAAGGCUGGUUCUCCUGCCAGGGUCCUUUCGACAUGGCCGACUGCGCAUCCAGACACUCCAUCAACCCCUACGGGAACAGGGAGAGCCGAGUCCUCUUCAGCACCUGGAACCUGGACCACAUAAUAGAGAAGAAGCGCACGGUCAUCCCCACGCUGGCGGAGGCGGUCGAGGAGCAGGACGGGAGGCAGGUGGACUGGGAGUAUUUCUACAGCCUGCUCUUCACCUCCGAGAACCUCAAGCUGGUGCACAUCGCCUGCCACAAGAAGACCAGCCACGGACUCCGCUGUGACCCACGCAGGGUCUACAGGCCCCAGGCGAAGCCCAAGCGGGGGCGGGCUGCUCGCAAGCGCCCAUGA